GUCCCUUCUUCCCACUCCACCUUCAUCUACAUUUCUUUCUCUACCCUGCCACUUUGGCUUCACUACCGUCGCCGUUGUAAUUGGUUCCUCUGCCUGGUAAUCGGCGCAUGGUGCGAGGGGUUAGGCCUGGCUUUCAGGUUGCUUGUACGGAGCGACGUGCACUCGACGGGGAAGUAUAUCCUAGCCUACCUCUUUCAGGUCCUCUCUCCUUGUGCCUUCCUCGCGGCCAACUACAUCCUCCUUGGGCGCAUCGUAAGUCAUGCGCAACGCGCCUACUACUUGCUUGAGAUAAGAGCUAAUUGCCUCAGAUUUGUUCGACCCUUGAAGGCCAACUGGAUCUCUUGGACUUUCGUCCUUUCUGAUGUGUUUACCUUCCUCUUGCAAGCCGCCGGCGGCAGCAUGGUCAUCAUCAAGGACGUCAAGAUCUCUGAUGCGGGCAACAAGCUUUUCCUCGCUGGGAUCGCCAUCCAAGCUGCAUCUUUCGUCAUCUUCACUGCCAUGUGGGCAGUCUUUGCCUUUAGAAUCCAACGUGGAGACCAAACCCUCUGGUCUCGACCGGGAUGGAAGCCGCUCCACUGGGCCCUUGGAUUCACCUGUAUCUGGUUCAUCAUCCGGAGUAUCUUCCGUACCAUCGAGCUCUCGCAGGGAUUCCGCGGCCACCUCGCUACCAAUGAAAUCUACGUCCUCUGCCUCGACACCCUCCCGCUGCUUAUCGGGAUCAUGGCCUACUGCUAUUUCUGGCCCGGCAAAUACCUCACACCCGAGACCAAGGUCGAGAGCCUCGACGCGCUACAGGCGUCCCAUGGCGAGGGGCAGGGCGAUGCUGCUGCCUGGCGGGAAGAGCGCAGUGCGGGCGUCAACCUGGCUACGCUCGGCAAGGACUCGGAGGGACACAACGGGACCGCCGCGCAUAACGGUGGACUCGACGUUCCGGGCGUAGAUGAGGGAUCCAGUGUAAAGAGCGUCGCUGCGCGCUAG